CUAUCUUUGCUCUGAGUCGGGUAGAAUGACAUGGUAGAAUGAAUACUUCCAUUUUUUCCUCCCCAGUCCAUUGUUUGUCACUUGGAAGAAAGUGGUCAGUGGUGGUGAGCCUCGUCUACGUGGAUGCAUUGGGACUUUGGAAGCUAGAGGUUUGAUUAAUGGAUUCAAGGACUAUGCUUUAACCAGGUAUUGAUGAUAAUGUGUUACUAAUGCAGGAAACAUUUUUUAUUUUAUUUUCUUGUAACUUACUUAUAACAGAAGAGGGAACUUUAACAUGCGGAACCAUUAGCAAUGAACUGGAUUUAUAAAUGCAGUUGAAAUUGAUUUAUAUAGAGUAAAACAUACUUUUCUAUUUGCACCAAAUCCCCUAGUGAAACUGUACAAACUAUUAGGGGGCUUGUUGGUGCAUUCGACCAUCAGGACUAUGUCUAGAAUGUUUUGGUUGCUGUAUUAACUUGAAGACGAGGUUUCGUUCUCAUAACAUAUUUCUCUAUACCUUUUUAGUUGGCUCAAAGUAAUUCCUUCCACUGAUUUAUUUGUGAGAAAUAGAUGAAGUUCUUUACUACUCAAUAUUCUUCUCUGCAUUGCAUAUCAGUGCGUUUAGGAUGCUUACAAAGUUGCAUUUAGAAAUUGCAUUGCGCUUCAUGCAUAGUUAAUUAAUCUUGUGACUGUUUAAUCUGGAUCACUUCUGAAACUAUUCGUUCCAAGUGCCUGAUUUCAUUGUUUCUGGACGAUCUCUCACUUGAUAUUUGACGCCAUCCCUGCCUCUAUAUGCUUCUUACCAUUAUUUAUGUUGACACAGUGCUUUGAGGGACCGGAGGUUUCCUCCUAUACAGGCCAAGGAGCUGCCUUCUCUAGAAUGUACAGUGUCUAUUCUAACUAAUUAUGAGACUGCUAACAACUAUCUUGACUGGGAGGUAUGUUAUUUCAACUCAUUUCACUUGGAAUACUGAGAUUGCAAAUUUGCAAUCAUUCCCUUCUCUAGUUACCGGCCAUUAUACCCCGAUCUCCUGUAUCACCAUUUUUAAGGUCUUUGCUUUUUUUGGCAACUGUCUUCAGGGUCCAAAACUUAGGGCAGUGAAUGUAACGUUUGAGCUAAGCAUGCAUUUUCAAGUCAAUGUUGCAGCUACUUCAUACCCUAAAUGCAAAAGGCAGUUUAUGAUAUUAAAUAGUUUAGUACCCUAAGUCCUAAGAGUUGAAAAUUGAAGUGUAGUCCAAAAAAUAUUUAGAGCCCUUUGGAUAUGUUUUUGUUAAACCCUUAUAAGUUAUAACUGUAUGGUGGCCUUGUUUUAAAUUUCUAUCAAAAGGCCCUCUCUUUAAGCUUUUAAAAAUUUCUUGAGUCUACCCAGGAAAGUUACCUUUUUGUCCUCUUAAGAGAAUGAAAUUAUCGUAACUCACAAAUAAUCAAGUCUUACAUAUCAAUUCUGAAUGCAUGUAUCUUGUUCGAUCCUUGGACUACUAAUCCUGGUCAAAAGUUUGAGUUGCAUGUGGCAAUCAAAUUUGUCAAUUGUGUAACAGUUUUUUUUAAUGAAAUUUCCUAAUAUGUUGAUGGUUUAAAGUGUUGCAGUUCAACAGCAUCUGAUCACCUUUUGGAAAGAAACUAACAAGUUCUUCAAAUGACCGUGAUUGCAGGUUGGGGUACAUGGUAUGAUUAUUGAAUUUACCGACCCUAACAACCAUACAAGGCGGAGUGCCACAUAUUUGCCUGAAGUCGCUGCCCAUGAAGGUAAAGAUUAUCUGUGUGAUCGCAGGUUCCUGCUUCUUUUGCUUUUCUUUCCAUCAGAAGUUAAUAAAUUGUUCACUAUAAACCAGUAGACAACUUGCGGAUAUAUUAGGAUUACGCAUUUGUCAAAACAACUAUCUGUUCGAUGAAGGAAAAUUAUUGGGAUCGGGGAGUGGAUUUCAUUUCUUCCUCACUCGAAACUUUCUUUCUACUUCAUUAUGUGUGAUUAAGUUCCUAAGAAUCUGCUGCAAGGCUUGUUGGAAGUAACGUUAUCUUGCACCGUGGGUUGGUUUCAGGUUGGACGAAAUUGGAAGCAAUCGAGUCGCUUAUGCGCAAAGCUGGCUACAAUGGCGUCAUCACUGAAUCACUUCGAAAGUCCAUUAAACUGACGCGUUACCAGAGCACGCUUUUCACCAUGACGUACAGCGACUACGUCUCCUACGUGAAAGAAACCAGGGGGGUUACAGCUCCGGUUAUGAAUGGGGCUACUCCUAAGCUUGCCAUGUAUUGAUUCUUCGUCUUCCAAUCCUAGUAUAAUUGGGAGAAAGAAACAACUAGGCAGUCAACUCAAAAAAUGAAGGGCUUCUUAACCCAUGGUUCUUCUGUUGGUGUCAUGUCACUGCAAUUUGUAUUCAUGUUCAAAACCAACGAUGGAAAAUUUGGCAGCUGUCUGUGUGGCGCAAGGCUGGAGUUUGUUCUGUGAACUCUAGUUUUCCUGCCUGGGCUGCAAUGGCAAAUGUGAAUUUGUAUUGGGCAACCCUGUUUGUGUUCGUAUUCUGUCGUAUAAAGCUCGUUCAGAAGCUUUUGGUGGACUGGAGUCAUGUCUGUUAAUAUAUCUGUUGUUCGUCUCUGGACGAUAAGUGAUUCGAUUGCCUGCUUUGUAUCUUUUGUUAAAACCGAUAUGAACAGGCAUAUAAACCAAUUGUACCUCCGUUGGACAAUACCACUUGCUAAAUCGGGAUAACGGUAUUAAGUACAGGUUUGACAACCUUCCUUUACACAUUGCUAGGACGGUAGGGUUCAGUUUCUCGCCUAGUUGGGCUUACGUAUUAAAAUGCUGAAGAUCAAUAUGGUACAACCGCAUAAGCUGCCUCGGGCUCCCGAGUCCAGCUCGGCGCCAUCUCCCUCCUCCACUUUCAAUUCCAAUUCUAGAGCUCUUUCCCCGCUCUUGUCCUCAAGAGCCACCCCAUCGUUUCUAUGAAUGAGCAUCCCACACUUGAUCUCUCUGUUGAAACAAUGCAACGCUUCAAAAUCACUCCUCCAAGCUAGAGUCAUUCACCAAAAGAUCGUAACUUUGGGCUUGCAGACCGAGAUCACCCUGUGCAAGAACCUCAUCAAUGUCUACUCCUCUUGCCGCUGUCAUGACUCUGCUGAACUCGUCUUCCGAAGGAUCGGAAACCCAUCGGACAUCUCAUUGUGGAACGCCCUCCUGGCUUCUUACACAAAAAAUCGCGCCCACUUUGAAGCUCUGAAGGUCUUUGAAACUCUGCUGCGCUACCCUUCCCUGAAGCCUGAUUGUUUCACUUACCCGAGUGUGCUGAAGGCAUGCGGCGCACUGGAAUGGAUUCGCUGCGGCAGAUCGAUGCAUGGGCAUUUCGUGAAAUCUGGGUAUGUUUUCGAUGUUGUGAUAUCUAGUUCUUUAGUUGGGUUGUAUGCCAAAUGCGGCUACUUCGAUCACGCAGUUCAGCUGUUCGAUGAAAUGUCUGACAGAGAUGUGGCAAGUUGGAACACUGUCAUAUCUUGUUAUUAUCAGAGUGGGAAAUACGAUAAGGCGUUGGACUUGUUUGGAAGAAUGAAGGAAUUCGGAUUUCAGCCCAACUCUGUCACAUUGACGACUGCCAUUGCUGCGUGUGCGAGACUUUUGGAUAUUGAAAAGGGGAAAGAGAUCCACUCGGAGCUCACGAGAACUGGCUUCGAGCUGGAUGAUUUCAUGAGCUCUGCUCUUGUGGACAUGUACGGGAAAUGUGGUUGCUUGGAGAUGGCUGAAGACGCGUUUCACCAAAUGCCUAAGAAAACCGUAGUUGCUUGGAAUUCUUUGAUUUCAGCAUACGGUUCUACCGGAGACUGCAAUCAAUGCAUGAAACUGCUCAGUAGGAUGAUUCUUGAAGGCAUUAGACCAACUUCAACAACAAUAAGUACCAUAUUUCUGGCAUGUUCACGAUCAGGACAACUCCAACCUGGAGCAUUUCUCCAUGGGCACAUCCUCCGAAACAGAAUCGCCCCUGAUCAGUUCAUCAACAGUACCCUUAUCGAUCUAUACUUCAAAUGCGGGAAACCUCAGACAGCUGAAUCCGUGUUCAGAACGAUUCCCAAACCAGACACAGUUUUGUGGAACGUAAUGAUUUCAGGAUUAACCACAGUAGGUAAGCUCUUCGAGGCACUUGGAAUCUACAAUCAAAUGAAAGCAGCAGGUGUAAACCCAGAUGCCAUGACAUUCUCCAGCGUUCUAUCAGCUUGCUCGCAACUAGCAGCUCUGGAACAAGGCAAGGCAAUCCACAUCUCGAUCUCUGAUAACGGACUAGAGAGCAAUGAAGUGGUCAUGGGAGCUCUGCUAGACAUGUACGCAAAAUGUGGAGCGAUGAACGAAGCCCUCUCCGUAUUUCUGAAGCUCCCAAUCAGGGAUCUCGUCUCUUGGACGUCUAUGAUCACUGCAUAUGGCUCUCACGGCCAGGCAAAAGAUGCCUUGGAGCUGUUCGACGAGAUGCUGCAGUCGAGCGUAAAGCCAGAUGGAGUCACUCUCCUUGCAGUCUUAUCAGCCUGCAGCCAUGCAGGAUUAGUCGACGAAGGUUGCUACUAUUUCGGACGGAUGAUCGAUGAAUACAAAAUACAGCCAAGGUACGAACAUUACUCGUGCUUGAUCGACCUUUUGGGGCGAUCUGGUAGGCUUCAGGAAGCUUACAAUGUCCUGGAAACGAAUGCAGAGAUUAGAGAAGACGUUGAGCUGUUAAGCACGCUGUUAUCAGCUUGCUGCUUGCACAAGGAAUUUGAGCUGGGGGAAAGAAUUGGGAAUGUGAUUGUCGAGAAGGGUUCGAGUGAUCCAUCGAUUUAUGUCGCGUUGUCGAACAUGUACGCGUCGUCGAGGAAGUGGAAGGAGGUUGGGAGGGUGAGGUUGAGGAUGAAGGAGCUGGGGUUGAGGAAGAGUAAUCCUGGGUGUAGCUGGAUUGAGAUUGAUGAUCGAAUUGCACAGUUCUUUAUGGGAGAUGAGUGGCACGAGGAGGCGGACAUGGUGAGGGAAUGUCUUGCCGUUCUUUAUGAUCAUAUGGAGAAGGUGGAAAGAGGUGAGAUGGACAGAGAUUGUCUAGUGAAAGUUGAAGAGGUGAUCAAUAAUAAUGACUGCUCGGAAGAAGCUAUUUGAACACUUGGGAGUUAGGACUUUGAGAGGCUUAAUGCAUGCAUGGCAGGGAUGACAAGAGUAUUCAUAUUCAUCGAAAUCGAAUUGGAUGAGUUUAUAGUAAGUUUUGGAUGAAAUUUAAAUCCAACUAUUAGGGGAUGAUUAAAUUUGUCAUUAUUCCGUUUCAAAUUUUAUACUUACAUUAAAAAGAUUUGGCAUAGAGAGAUUCAACGGUCAAUUUAUUUACUAUUUUUGUUAGAGUUGUAUUUACGUAGUGAAAUUGUGGUUCAACCAAAAAACUAGGGUUGAAAAAUGGGUUGGAUUCAUGAAUUGGUGAUCCAUGAAGCAACAACUAACCACUUUGCCAUCCCAGGCCCACCCUUUAUGCAGAUAUUUCUUCUGAAUUAAAUUAUAGUUCUCCAUUAGAAAAGAAAAUGGAAAGGAAAGG